AUGUCGAAGGGAGGCUCGAGAACGCUAAGCACCACCCGAGCCAUCUCCUCAAAAAACGACGACGACGACAACAACAAUUUUCUCUCCAAGCUGAGCAGGGAAAGGCACAACCCUUUGAAGCAGGGGGACGCGUCCUUCCGUGUACCGUACUACGGUGGGGCCCACUGCGCCGUACCUUUCCUCUGGGAGUCUGAGCCGGGCACCCCCAAGCACCGGCACGGCCACGGCCCCAUUACGCCUCCACUCACCCCUCCACCGUAUUACUUCAGUGGGCCCCACGCGCAGAGUAGUAAAACGAAGACGAGAAGCUCGUCGUCUAACGUGAUCAACUCGAUAUUUCCCAAAAUGCCCUCCUCCAAGAAAUUCAACAAAUUGCACAACUCCAACUCCAACUCAUCCCCUUUGUUUUCGCCCCACUCGUCUUCGUCGUCCUCGUCGUCCUCGUACUCGGUGCCCUCGACACCCGUGCACGCGCGGAGCAAUAUUAUCGCUCGUGACAACGAUGACGACGAGGAUGCUGAUGAUCAUGACGUGGCGAGGGCCCGUUCCCCUACGUCGACAUUGUGCUUCGGGCCGAAGAAGAUCAAGGGCUGUUACUAUCCGAUCAAGAGCGUGAAGAAGGUUGUGAUGUCUAUGGUUGGGCAGGGGAAUUAA